GAGCAGGUGUUCAACAUGGCGAGCUCAGUGAGCGGAUCUCUCUCGUUUCCUCUCCUCGUCUGCUUCAUUAUAACGCAUCUUCUACACAAAGGAGCUACCCAGACCAUAACAGCACAGGGUCAAAACCUGGUGACGGCAAAUGUGUCAGUAAUUGAGGGUGAGACGGCCACCAUCAGCUGCUGGGUGAAGAACAACGACGACUCGGUCAUCCAGCUCCUUAACCCCAACAGACAGACCAUCUACUUCCGAGAUGUCAGACCUUUGAAGGACAGCCGGUUUCAGCUGGUUAACUUCUCCGACAACGAGCUGCGUGUGUCGCUGUCUAACGUUUCACUCUUGGAUGAGGGAAGAUACGUCUGCCAGCUCUACACGGACCCCCCACAGGAAGCCUACGCCGACAUCACCGUCCUGGUUCCGCCGGGCAACCCAAUCAUUGAGUCGCGUGAGGACGUGGUGAGCGAGGGGAAUGAAACCGAGAUAACCUGCACCGCCAUGGGCAGCAAACCCGCCUCCAGCAUCACAUGGAAGAAAGGAGAUCAGAUCCUACAAGGCGAGGAGACGGUGGAGGAGACGUAUGACAGGAUGUUCACUGUUACCAGCAGGCUCAGGUAUACUGUCUCCAAGGAAGACGAUGGAGCGGCCAUCAUCUGCAUCAUUGACCAUCCAGCUGUGAAGGACUUCCAAGCCCAAAAAUAUCUGGAAGUACAAUAUAAACCAGAGGUGAAGAUCGUAGUGGAGUUUCCAGAGGGCCUGACGAGAGAGGGGGAAAACCUCGAGCUGACAUGCGAAACUAAAGGCAAACCCCAGCCACAUCGAAUUAACUGGUUCAAAGUGGACGAUGAUGUUCCCUCACAUGCCGUGAUCACAGGUUCAGAUCUCCUCAUCGAGAACCUCAACAAGACCUAUAACGGAACCUACCGCUGCGUGGCGUCCAACCUGGUGGGAGAAGCUUACGAUGACUACAUCCUGUAUGUGUACGAUGUUCUCGCCACAACCCCCUCACAUACUACUACCACCAUCAACCCUGAUGCUGCUCAAGAUUCGAGAGCUGAUGGAGUGGCACAGAAAAUCGAUCAUGCUGUCAUUGGCGGGGUUGUAGCCGUGGUCGUAUUCGCCAUGCUCUGUCUGCUCAUUAUCUUGGGACGCUACUUUGCUAGACAUAAAGGCACCUACUUCACCCACGAAGCCAAGGGUGCGGACGAUGCUGCGGAUGCCGACACAGCCAUCAUCAACGCCGAGGGAGGACACACCAACACGGACGACAAGAAGGAAUACUACAUUUAA